CUUCACUCUCUGUUAUCUCCUCCAUUGCCCAUUCUAAUUUCUAUCUUCUUCUUCUUUUUAUUUUUUUAUUUUUCUUUUUCCUUUUUCGUUUGAAUAUUUUGAGGAAUAGAAAAGAAUGGAUGAUGAAUUUGCAAAGCUUAUUAGGAGAAUCAACCCUCCAAGAGUUAUUGUUGACAAUGGUGCUUGUGGACAUGCUACCUUUAUACAGGUUGAUAGUGUGAACAAGCAUGAGAUUCUCCUUGAAAUAGUCCAAGUUCUUUCAGACCUUAACCUUAAUGUAACCAAAGCUUACAUCUCUUCUGAUGCUGGAUGGUUCAUGGAUGUGUUUUAUGUGACAGAUAAUGAAGGGAAGAAAAUUACAGAUGAAGAGACACUUGGUUAUAUACAAAAAACACUUGAAACCGAAAUAUAUAUCUUAAAUUCAAUGAAGAGCUCAGCUAGUUUAAUCCCUUCCAAAGACCAUACCAGUACUACAAUAGAACUAACCGGCAAUGAUAGGCCCGGUCUUCUCUCCGAAUUAUCCGCGGUUUUAGCUGAUAUGGGAUGCAAUGUAAUAAACGCCGAGAUAUGGACACACAACGCUCGAGCCGCCACCGUUAUCCAUAUCACCGACCGGUCAACAGGUCACGCGAUCGAAGACCCGGACCGGCUUUCAACAAUCAAGGAACUACUGUUCAAUGUAAUGAAAGGGGACAGUGAUUUUAAGACACCAAGUGCAAGAAUGUUUGUUUCAACAUCAAGAGAAACUCAUACAGAUCGAAGAUUGCAUCAAAUGUUGUUAGCAGACAGAGAUUUUGAGAGACACAAUGACAAAUUUUCGAUGGAACCACAUGUAACUGUGUUGGAUUGUAGUGAUAGGGAUUAUACAGUUGUGACCAUAAGAUGCUUGGAUCGACCAAAGCUAUUGUUUGAUACUGUUUGUUGUUUAACGGAUAUGGAAUAUGUUGUGUUCCAUGGAACUGUCAUUACAGGGAGACUGGAAGCUUAUCAGGAAUAUUAUAUCAGACAUGUUGAUGGGUUCCCUAUAAGUUCAGAAGCUGAACAACAAAGAGUUAUGGAAUGUCUUGAAGCUGCCAUUGAAAGGAGAACCACACAGGGUGUGGAAUUGGAAGUGAUAACAGAGGAUCGGUUUGGGGUACUAUCAGAAAUCACAAGAAUAAUUCGUGAAAAUGGAUUAAGCAUUAAAAGAGCAGAAAUAAGGAGGAAUGGUGGAAAAGCAAAAGACAGGUUCAUAGUAAGUGAUGCGAUGGGAAAUGGGGUGGUUGAUCCCAAAACCAUGGAAAUGGUCCAAAAAGAAAUAGGAGGAUUUGGAGAAGAAGAAGGUUGUGGUGUGAAGGUUGAAGGGAAUAAUUCCUCCCUUUUAUUAUCUACGAAACUUCCCAAAGAAAAACACGAGACAAGGACAAGUUUCUCAUUUGGGAACUUGUUUAAAGGAAGAAGUUUCCAUAACUUCAAUAAACUCAUCAAAUCUUGUUCUUAAUUUAUUAUAAUAUUAAUCUGUCUUUGUUCCCUACUGGUUUUUGGAGGGGAAUUAUAGCUUAUUGCUUGUGUGUUUCCCAUGUACAUGUAUAGGUUUGGUUUUGUAUGUAAAUUAAUUGUACAUAAUUGUUUCAAUGAAACUUUGGAGGAUUUAAACUUA